CCCGAGCUCCCCUGCAGCCCCACAGGGCAGAAGUUCCGCAGUAAGAUCGAGCUGAGGCGGUUCCUGGGCCCCGGGCACGACCUGAGCAACUUCGACUUCAAAUCGGGGCUGCAACGGCCCAGCCCCACCCGGACCAAGAAGGGCCCCAAAUGGCACCUGCCCGCCGUGCCCCUCCCAGAGCCCCCCAAAAUCUUCAAGAAGGAGGAGGAGGAGGAGGAGGCGGUGGGCGGGGCUGAGGCCGAGAAAACCCCGCCCCUUCCCCAAGAGGCUCCGCCCCCAUCGCGUCAGACCCUGCCCAUCCCCACCCAGGCCCCGCCCCCUCCGGGCCAGGCCCCACUUCCGGUCGUUCAGGCCACGCCCCUUUCGGUCGAGGCCACGCCCCCUCCGGAGCCCCCCCUGCGCCGGACCCGGAAGCGGCCGCUCCUGGAGCCCCCCCAGGAUGGGGUGGUGGCGCUUUGUGCCAGCUGCCAGACCCUGUUCCCAGGGGUGUCCCUGCCCCCCCAGCGCCGCUGCCGCUGGCUCUGCCCUGACUGCCGUGCCCAGAGACGAGACUUCAACAGGGAGCAGCGAUUCUACAAGCGGGUGGGCUGUGGCACGUGCCAGGCCUGUCGCAUCCCCGAGGACUGUGGGAUCUGCAGCGCCUGCUCCCGCAGCCCCCCCGGGGGCCCCUCCGGGCCUGGCCGGACCCCCAAGUGCCUCCUGCGCCGCUGCCUGCGCAUCGUCAAGAAGAAAGCCAGGGUGGCCAAGAAGAGCCAGAGCCCCCUGCCCCUGACAGAGAAAUGGAAGCCCCCCGUGGAGCGGGAGCCCAGCGACACCUCCGGCAUCAGGCACAGAAAGACGCUGACCAAGGGCAAGGAGAAGAAGAAGCCGGGGCGACCCCCGAAGCCCCCCGGGCCCCGCGGGCGGGGGGUGCGGAGCCGGGCCAGCCGGCGCUGCGGGGUGUGCACGGCCUGCCGGCGCCCGGCCGACUGCGGCCGCUGCGACUUCUGCCGGGACAAGCCCAAGUUCGGGGGGCAGAACCUCAAGCGCCAGAAGUGCCGCUGGAGGCAGUGCCUGCGCUGUGCCAUGCCCUUCCCGUUGCCCCCAGCUCCCCAACUCUGGCCCGGCUCCUUCCUGGAGGAACUGGCCGAGAUUCCCCUCCCGGCUCACUGGGGGGUUGUGGGGGCUGACGGUGGUCCCGGGCCGUGCCCAGCUCGGGGUUUGCGCCUCGUCCAGCGCUGCCCCCGCUCGUCCAUGGCCGCGGCCGCCGUUCUGCUCAACCCGGGCUUGGCUUUCCGUGUUUUGGUCGCCCGUGGUCGCCCGGUGCCCCCCGGCCAUGAAGUGCUGGCCCGGCGCCCCCCGUUACGCUCAGUCCUGGACCUGGUGGAGCUGCUUUGUGAUCUCGAGGCUUACGGGCCGUGCCCGGGACCCCCGGGACCCCCGGGCCGACCCCCAGCCCCCCGGUGCCACGUGCUGAGAUUUAACUCUUUAAGGCGCGGGGAGGGGCGUGGCUUUCCACAAGCCCCGCCCCUCAAAUCAGGCCCCGCCCACUCGCGCAUUUCACUGCUGUUGCUUCAAGCCACGCCCUUUUAUGGUAAAAGAGGCGUGGUCUUUGCUGCUUAA